UGAAAAUACCAUUUCAUAUGGAAUUAUUACCAAUUUGUGACAGUGUCAAAACUGUUGUCAACUUCCGGCGAUUAACUUGCGGGAGACCUGCAAGUGACAAUUACGAACUGUUAAAGACCGGUAUCCAACUCAAAGAUCAGUGAAGAUCGAUGAAGAUUGCAUUGAAAAUGCGCCAAAACGCCUAGUCUCAACUUACUUCGCAAGUUCUAGUGAUAUAGUGCUUGUGCGUAAAACUUAUAGGGAAUAGAAUUUGUGUGAAAGGACACUCGACGGUGUGCGUCGAAAGGAACAUACUUCCGUAGAAACGACUUAAGAUUGGACAAAAUUCACGAAACGUUUACCAGAUAGAGACGACUUUAUUUAUCGCGAGAGAAAGUUCAUCGAAUAAGAACCGCGAUUAAUCGGCUAAUUUUAAUUUGAUUGGCAAAUAAGCUAUCGCUGUUGCGAUAACUCGUGAUAUCGGUUCAUCGACUACGCAUCGACGUUGACGCAAGGCCGAUGAUGCGUCUUUAAACCGCGCUGUCGGUUUUCAAUAAUCUGGUAAGCGACGUUGGGACAUCUGCUGCAAGCUGCGAGCAAUAUUUAUCAGUGUUACCGAUUACGAGUAUUCAAUAAACAAUAAACAAAGAUAACUCGUAAAUAAAGUGUUAAUAACAAUCAUCGUACUGUGACAUUAAAACUGUGUGAUAAUAUCGGCGGACCUUGAAAGAGCGGAUUAAAAAGUUUCGAUUGUUUUCAACGCAAUGACCAACAACGGUGGGCGAUUGUACUUUAUCCAAACGAAUGGAUGAAAGAACUGUCUUUGAGAAGAAAUCAUAUAUUUGUAUAUUUCAAUGGAAAAGUGCGUCUCCUUUGUGAAGUACAACAUGUGGCAGCAACAACAACAGCAGCAACAGCAGCAACAAGCGUACUUGAGGAGUUUGCCCUCGCAGCAUCCGCAACAACAAACUCUUCACCCGGGGAUCAUGGGAGGCACGGAUGACCGCGUGCAUCAAUCGCAUCAACAGCAUCAUCAGCAUCAUCAGCAUCAUCAGCAUCAUCGCGCCACCAUUAUGGAUCUACCGGUACCAAGUAACCCACGUGCGUCGCGAAACAUGGCAGAAAAGCAACGCCGUGACAAUCUCAACACAAAUAUCUCGACGAUGGCGGCCCUUGUACCGAUUGUCGCUGGAAGUUCGAGGAGGAUGGACAAGAUAUCCAUUCUGAGAUUAGCUGCUGCCUUCCUGAGAACACAAUACAUAUUCGGACGUCGCUCGACGAAUUUUCUUCCCCGACAGCUCAAUGAGUUCGACUUGGAGCAAUAUUUUGUCGACCAUAUAGUUGACAGCGAAGGAUUCUUCCUCAUAGUCACCGCAACAGGGAAAAUUGUCUACGUCAGCCGACAAGUGGAGCAUCACCUCGGCCAUGUCCAAAACGAAUUGCUGGGUCAAUCUCUGACCGAUUUCGUCCAUCCUGAUGAUCAUGAGGAGCUUAAGCGAAACCUUAUACCCGACGACAUGCAACUGACAACGGCAUCGUCGCCAACCGGAUCCGAUUUGGUGCACAAUUUGGAUUACAAUUCCAGCUCCUCCGAGGAUUCGACAACAAAUCACAACAGAGUAAACGAGAAGAACAAGCUAUUCCACGAGCAGAGGCGGAAGUUCAAGAUUCGCAUGGCUCAGCGCACCGUGAACAGGCGUGAACACACGCAGUACGAAACUUUUGACAUUUCGGGAGUCCUUCGACUCGCGGAAGCUUGCAAGAAUGCAGAUGCUAACGGGAACCGAGGAAGACAUCGAGAGAUAACGGGCACUAGCAACGACAUUGUUUUCGCUGGCGUAGCGACCCUACCGAAGAAACGCCCCAUCACCGAAUUGUCAAUAAUGGAUGCCAAUAGAGACGAGUAUAUGACACGGCAUCUGGUCGACGGACGUAUCGUCUAUUGCGAUCAUAGGGUAUCCGUCGUUGCCGGCUAUUUGUCGGAGGAAGUGUCUGGUCUGAAUGCGUUUGCCUUUAUGCACAAGGCUGAUUUAAGAUGGACAAUGGUCGGUCUACGGCAAAUGUACAAUCAUGCCGAAACAUGCGGCUCGUCGUGCUACAGAUUACUCACAAAAGCCGGUAAAUUCAUCUAUCUAAGGACACAUGGUUACUUGGAAUACGACAAGAACACGAAAACGGUGGAAUCCUUCGUUUGCGUUAACACCUUGGUAUCGGAAAAAGAAGGUAUCCAACUAAUAAAAGAGAUGAGAGAAAGAUUCGCCGCGACUCCAGCUAGCAAAGGUCUUAUAAAGAAUGUCGACAUGAGUUCAACGAUAGAGAUGGAUAUGAACUCCAAAUCGAAUCCACGAUGCAGUCUCGAAGAUCCGUCACAACUCGAAGAAGCCAUCACCCACUUAAUUAGCGACUUACCUUCGGUGGCCGCAUCGGAAGAUCAUUGCUCACUCUCGCCGAAGCCCGUCACAUUGUCUUCUCAUACACCACCAUUCACCGCGCAAACAAAUAAAGUUGAUCGUUACAUCGUUAUGCAAGACAAAGAUAAUCGAACUCCGAAGCAAGAAUCCAAGGAUUACGAACAUACAUUGGGAAAACUUAAUAAUUCCAGUAGCGCGGAGCAAUGUCCAAUAUCGGAUUCAGAAAGCAUUAAGUUAUCUUGCAAACCUUUGUCGAUGUUUGAUAUGACGAAUGGAGCGCACAAUAAUCAUAAUAACGUCCAGAAUGCCGAUAUGUCUGUACAAUCGAACAUUCUUGCCAACACUCGCAAACCUAAUAUAAAUCGUUGUCGAAGAGUCUCUCGUAGUCAUAUAUCACGUUUGGAUGUAUCUCAAAACAUGAACGGUUUGAACACACAGGUUAAAAUAGAGCAGCGCGACAAUAUGCUAUCACCAGACGCUCUGCGCGAAAACGACAUUAAGCUGGAACGCGGGAUCGAGACGUUCAAUCAUCAAAAGCAAGAAUCAGUGUUACAAUACUUUGAUGACAGCGCGAGCGACAGUUCUACCAUUUCACAAGGGAUCGAAACGCAUAAUCGGUGUAUGUUGAAGAGAGUAUAUAGCGACGAAGAUCUUCCGGCAAUGCACAGCAAGAAAAGGUCUAAUGAUGUAUUGUAUAUGUCGACGAAUGCCAACGACGAACAACAGUGCGUUUCCUAUGUGAACUGCGGGACUUUCGCCACUGAAGACAAGUAUUCGGCCAAGUUUAAUCAGUACAACGACAUCAAGUCGCAGUCACUGAACACUGCGGAGUCACCCAAUUCGAGUCUUGACCAAGAGAUCGUAGCGUUGGACAUCCGAGAAUUCCUAAAUUCGAAACAUCCAGACUUUAUGGAGACAAUAAUUAAUCUUCAAAAUGGAUCUGUAACAGGCUUUGAAAAUUGUUUUAAUGAAGUAAAAUCGCAGCAGAUUACACCUAACUUUCGAAUUGUCCGUGACGAGUUAAAUCGCACGUGUCGCCAAUUAGCGAGCAAUAUAAAGUUACAAAAGUCCCAAAUCAAUAUGUUGGCGGCAAGUGUCAAAAACUCAGUCCUUCUUGCUCAGACGGAGGAGUUACAGUUUGAGCACAACAGGCAAAAUCAAAUGCUUAUAACUUUGCAACAGGAUAUCCAUCAUCAAAUACAAAAUGAAUGCAAAUGAAUGCCAAGCACAAUUUUGGAAUAUAAGAAACCGGAUAGUUUUCCAGGUCGUUUCACGAGUUUUACUGAAACCAAUUCAAGACGUUUAAAGCGAGCUUAAUAGAAUACUCUUCGGAACUGUAUUAAUUGAUAAGAAAUAAGCUUUAAAAGUUAUCUUUUUCGCGAAAGACUUAAACAAAGAUAUCGGCGUAUGUGCAAUUUGCAUAAUAUUCCUUGUAUUCUGGUAUUGUAUUUCUGGGAUAUUUCUUCGUUUUUGUGAAUUACCGAUAUAUGUUACAAAAAUGUCUAGAUAAUUGUGUCAUCAGUGCAAACAACGAACAGAGAUUUGCAUCAGCGCAUAUAUCGCAUGUGAAAUUGCUCAGUUCACGAUGAAUCAAGGUAGGUGUUUAGAUAUGUUGAUGAUUUCUAUCACUAAAGCAAUCUGCUUCAACCUAUGUUUUCCGUCGACCAUCCAUUUUCCAGAAAUGGAAAAGAAACGAGUGAGAAAAGACAUUGAUAAAAGAACUCGCAUAGAGAAUAGUCGAGUGAUUGACGUAUAUAAAUGUUUUUUUUUUUUUUCAUUUCUUGAACUCUGUGCGACUAAGAACUCUUAUGAGUUGCCGUAUGAAAAGUCGUGCACUUCGCUCACUAAUCGAUCAUGCAGAUCGUAUAAAACCGUCGGUGCACGGUCCGUUAUAAAUAACAGUCGCUCUUUAAGCAGAUUUCCUGCAGCGACUGAGUGUUACACGCAGUUGGUAGUUUUCAAAUUUUAUGAUAGUGAACCUGUACAUAUAAUAUACAUUCGAUUUUAACGUUAUGCGGUGCUUUACUCGCUAAUUUACUUGUUCGCGACAAGUCCGAUCGAGUUUAAACUACCUCUGGUUAUGUAUAUGUGAUUAUGCAUGUAUCGGAUGGAUACGAAAUCAGUGUUAGCUUUAUUGGUUGUAAUUGUGAAUCCCCUCACAUUUGGUGUCAAUGACUAAUAAUACUCAAAGUACUGUUUAUCUUUUUAUAAUCAUGGAUCAAUGUCACAUAGAAAAUGAACAAUUCGAAAAAAGAGAUGAUUUGGUAAUUUUAUUGAAUGAUGUUUUAACUGAUCGUGUCUUGUGAAAAUUGUAUUACAUACUACACUUGUGUGGAAAAGAAAAGAAAAUUUAGAGUAUGUUUAUGGGGUUGCCACUAUAUAGGCCAGAUGUAGACCAAUCCUACUUAUAGUGGAAUGGUUUUACAACUGCAUGUACCUGAACAACAUUUACAUUUAAAUGUCCUAUAAUAUUUGGGAACUAAAAAUCUAAUCAUGUUGUUAAGAAAUGCUGACAAAUAUAAAUUCAGUCAUUAAAAAUAGAUCUCAUCUUUUACUUGAUUAUCCCUUCCCACAAUUAUAUGCCUCUGUGUUGUAUACUCUUCUGUAUUUUGUACUCUUUUUAAAAUGUGGUAACCCUAAGUAUGUCUCUAAAUUUUGAUUACAUUAUUAUAUACAUGCAAUAUAAAUUUUUGAAAUAUUUUGAAUAUGCAACAUAUAUAUAAACACGAAAAAAUAUUGAAUACAAUAAUAAAAACAUAAAUUAAUAAGAUAUUCAAACAGAGACUUACAUUUAAAUCAUUUUUUUACAAAAAUGAAUUAUUCAGCUAUAAUCAUUACUUAGUUGAUUGAUUUGUACAAGUAACACACAUUUUUUAUGCAAAGUUCUAUCAUGUCUUUUUAUAAUUUGCUUGAAUGACUUAUUUUUUGUUUCACUGGCCUUGUUAUCCAUCCAAUAUUAUGUUACUAUGCGAAUAUACAUUAGAAACUAUUUUUAUUUCAUCGGUAGUUGACCUCCGUAUUAAAAAAUAACAAAUAUGCGGUGUGGAAGCUACAUGGUUGACUUAUGUGUGUCAAUUAAAUUAGUGAUAUAAAUACACAUUAAUUAACCGUGUUUUAAAGCGACUACUUACGAUGCCGCAGGUCAGCGUGAAUAUAACCAUAUAUUGUAUAUUGUAGAAGUGUUUAAAGGGUAAAUGAUAUUAAUAUAAAAGAGUGACGCGGGAGAGAGAAAAAUUGUCCACUUAUGUGAACAUAUUCAGCACACUGGCACUUAACAGAUCUACAAAUUUACUUAAAACCAAUAUACAUGUAUAGAUAUAACAUAAGGCUGGUCCUGUAAAUAAAAAUGUUGAACAUGAUCUUUUUUCAAUUGACAAUGUUCUAAAUGCCGCGUACUUUCUUUUUCUUUCUCACGCACUACUUACUCAAUCAUUGAGCAUCUAGAAUGUAUAUCUGUUAUUUGCAAUGAUGUGCUAUCUUUUUAAAGGUAUUAGGUUGAUCAAGAAAUCUAUUCUUUUGCUACAUAACUGUGUUAUGCUAGGAUAAAAUAAAAUUAAAUUCAACAAAUUUUUUGAUCAACAUGAUAUAUUAUAUAAGUUUUUCAUGCUCCUGCGUUCUUUAUCAUACCGCUAUCGUUUGUAAGACUUGGAAUUUCAUUGCAACUUGUAAAGAAAAUAUAACAACAUAUACACAUUCAUAUGUACAUAUACAUACACGCAUACAUACAAAUGUCACAUACAUAUAUAUAUACAUUAUAUUUACUAUAAAACAAUGUCGUUUUUAAUGUUGAUGUCGAGUGAGGAAGUCAAGAUUAUCAAGUAGUAAAGGCCUUUAUAUAAAUACGAUCGUUACGUAAGUGCAAUGUGUCGGAAUUCUGAUGUUCAAGAUAGUUUGCUCCUCGUUGUCAGUUUUAUCGGUGAAAGGGCUUGACUAUCCUCACAUAUAUACACAUGCGCGCGCGCGCGCCUACACACACACACACACAACACACACAAAUAAGUCGAUCAAUGAUAAAAAUAUACACUUUUUUAUGCGGAAGUAUGCCGCUGAAAUAAGGGGUAUCUAAUUGACUUCUAUGUAUAUGAAACUCGUGUUGCAUAAUCGAUGAUCGCGCGUAAAGAGGGCAUCGAGUUGCACUCAACUUGUCCCAUUUGAUGCUCGACUUUCCUCGCGAUCUUAUAGUACAAAGAACAAGUCUAAACUGUCUGUGUUCGGUGUACCUCAUCCUCUUCUCUCUCUCUUUCUCUCAAACUAUCUUUUCGUACUGUCAUUAGUCAUGCCGGUGAUGACUUGUAUUAAUAUAUCUUGUAACUUUGGACAUGGUGUAUGUCAGCUUGGUUGUCGAUAUAUGGGCCUCAUAUCGCAAAUCGAGCAACCCCACUUUAUGUAAAUUUCAUAAUUUUAGCACCAGAGAGUACUAAUCAUACCUUAGUACUAAAAUUAAAAUUAAGAGAUUUACAAAAAAAUGAAAUUGCUCUAGAGUUUAGCUUCUAAAGAUAUUUAGAGGAUAGAGCUCCAUAUAAGAUAGAGCAGUUAAAAGAAUACAUUCAAAUAUCUCAGUUAUGUGCGAACAUACGCGGAAAAGUAAUGAAAACAAAAGGGGAAAUGUGUGUGACAGCGCGUAGAGAUUCUUUUCCAAUAUUGACUUUCGAUCUUUUCUAUAUAUUCAUAAUAUUUCUAUAAAGCCUGGUAUUAUUUGCGAGAAAUGUCAAUUCAAAAAAAAUUGUCAUAAAAAAAUCAUUUAAAGAAUUGAAUCAUUGAUUUUCAUGAUGUAUGCAAGUUAUUUUAUAUUAUUGACGAUAAGUUACGAUAAAAGACAACCAAGCCUUAUUACGAUUUAUAUAGUACAUUUAUAUUGUGCACUAUAAGAUUUCAUUUAUUGUCAUGAAAUUGAAUAGAGAUAUCUAAAUCUUAUCAAAAUGGAUGAUUUAUGUAUGUAUAAUUUUAUUAUACAUAUAACUUGAUAAAUAUUAAAAACUUGUCUGUGAUUACAGUUGCGUAUAUUAAAUGGUAUUCUUGUAACAUGAAAUUAAAAAGAUGAUGAGAGAUUACUCUUCUAAACUUCUCUUUAUCUAAAAUUAAUUAAAAGCCUCUUUUUAUGUAUCUUUUCAAUAAUGAAUGACUGCACAAUAUUUAUGCGAAAUAUUGGAAAUGAGUGGAUACCAAUGCAACACAGACAGACGGCUCUACAGUUUAUUAUAUAUGCUACAAAGUAAAGUUUAACUUUAUAUAUACCACUGUAAAUAUUUACUGCGUUAUUAUAUUUUAUACUCUGCUGAUUGCACGUAUAAGGCUUUUCGAUUUCUUUCUAUAAAAACAAAAACAAAGGCGAUUAAGUGUGA